GGUGGUUGUCGGUCCCUCGCGGUCUCUCUCGGUUCCCCGGUUCUUGGUUCUUGGUUCUCGGUUCUCCGGUCCUCGGCUUCGUGCCCAGCAGCAUGGCUCAGGCUCAGGCUCAGGCUCAGGCUCAGGCUCAGGCUCAGGCUCGGGUCACUGAUUUCUACACCCUGACGAAGAGAGGCGCCGGCCGGCCGCACAAGACCAGCAAGCAGCGGAGCGGCUCCAGAUCCCGGGCCCGGGGCCCGGACCAGGUCCUCUGCUCCUCCGGACCCCGGGAUCAGGACCUGGACCAGGUCCUCUGCUCCUCGGCCGUGCACGAGGAGUUUCUCCGGGUCAUCGACGAAGCUGCGGGGCUGACCGAGGCCCCGGGAGUCCCGGCCAGUCCCCGGACCCCGAAGCGGACCUCCGCCGAGGCGGAGUUCGACCUCGGGGCCGCGGUGUUUUCCGCCACCCCCAAGAAGAGGCGGGCUGCGGGGGCCAGAGGCCCGGCUGCGGCCGCAGGGGGGCCAACGCGGAGCUCCGCCAGGAAGAGGCUCCCCCUGCCCGAGAGGGCCCCCCAGGCUGCAGCCCGGCCCCCCUCCACGGACCUGGAUGAGGGCCCCCCUGGUCCAGUCCAGUCCUCCUCCACGGACCUGGAUCAGAGACUCCCCUCCGUGGAGCUGGAUCAGGGGCCCCCUCCAGCGGGCCCUGACAGCAGACCCUCGCAGAAGAGCCAUGUGGAGGUCCAGGACAGGAGGCGUGGAGGAGAGACCCCCAAGGCUCUCAGUCUGGAGGACGUGGUCUCGCUCAAGUCUCGUCUUCAGAGGAUCAAGAGACGAGUGGAAGAAAGGACCACCGCCGAGGCCUCUUCAUCCUCCUCCUCCAUCACAGCCACGCCCCCUCCCCCCUCCAUCACAGCCACGCCCCCUCCCCCCUCCUCAGAGACCCUCAGACUGAGUCGAGCUAAAGAGCUAGCAGCCAGAGCUCAGAAGAGGAAGGAGGAUGAGGAGAAGAAGAGUGAAGCACCUGCACAGACCAGCGCCGAGCUGCCGGCCCACCAGCGGUACCACAGCCUGGCCCAGGCCGCCCCCCCGGGCCUGGUUCUGCCGUUCUCCUACCGGGUCCUGGCCGAGAUGUUCCGGAGCAUGGACACGGUGGUGGCCAUGCUGUACAACCGCUGCGAGACCGCCACCUUCUCCAAGGUCCAGAGGGGAGUCCAGGACAUGAUGCACAAGAGGUUCGAGGAGAGCCACGUGGGCCAGAUUAGGUGUGUGUUCCCUGAGGCCUACACCUUCCGGCAGCAGAAGGACGUCCCUCCGUUCCACGGCGGCGUGAAGCCAGGAGGCUACCAGCUGACGGUGGAACCCGUCCUCCAGUCAGACCAGCAGGAGGUCCGUCCCGUGCUGUCGGCCUCCCGGCUGCUGGACCGACGCCGCGUCUUCCACCUGAACCUGCUGUCCAUCGUCAAGCAGCACCACAAGGCCUUCCUGUCCUCGCUGACUCCGCCCCUGUCCGUCCCGGAGGACAAGCUCACCCGCUGGCACCCCCGCUUCAGCGUGGACACGGUGCCGGCGCCGCAGAGCGCCGCGCUGCCCCGCGCCCCGCACGCCCAGAGGCCCGCCACGGCCCGGGAGGUCCUGGACCAGGCCCGCCACCUGCUCACCCCCAAGAUGGAGAAAGCUCUGGUUUCUGCGGCUCUGAGGGAAGACCGAGCUGCUGAGGGUGAAGAGAAAACCCCUCCUCGGACCGCUGCAGCGCCACCUGCUGCUCCACCUGCCGCCGCUCUCAGAGGAGUCUCGCAGUCCCUGCUGGACAGGAUCCGAGCCAAGGAGGCCCAGAAGCUGCAGGCGGCCCUGACUCGAGACCCGGCUCAGGACCAGCGCCUGCUGAUGAUGUCCCGGCUGGGGGAGCUGGCCCGGAUCCUGCGCGGCGUCUUCGUGGCGGAGAAGAAGCCGGCUCUGACCAUGGAGGUGGUCUGUAACCGGCUGGAGUCCAGCUACAGGUCGGCUCUGACCGCAGGGGAAAUGGAGAAACAUGUCCGCCUCCUGGCCGAGCUGGCUGCUGAUUGGCUGAGCAUCCAUCCAAUCAGGAAGGACUUCUACCUGAAGCUGAACAAAGGCAUGGAGCUGAGCGCCGUGCUGGACAGACUGAGCAGGAGGCUCCAGGAGGAGGAAUCAACAGAGAACCAGGGACUGGCCUUCUCUUAG